CUGCAUGAAUGGGAAGUUUGUCCUUGCUGGGCUGCCAUCCAAGCCCCAGCUGGCUCGCUCUUGUUUUAGGGCUGGGCGCUGGAGGCUGCAGCCGGAGCUGCACACAGAAGCAAAGUCAGGACUGGAGAUCGGAGCUAGGAGUGCAAUCACACAGCUCAGGGAAAUAAAUACGGGAUCGCGCAUCCUCAAAGCUUGGGAAAAGCAGAAGAAAAGAAAAGAGAAGAGAAGGUAGAGUUUAUAAAUAAUACAGCCGUCUGCGCAUUCAUUUGGUUCCUCUCCGCUGGUUGAUAUGAUGCUGAGACGGGUCCUGUGAGGUUCAGAGCCAUGACUGAGCUGGAGAUCGACCAGUCACACCUGCCCCGGGUCCAAGAGGUGUGCCAGGGCUUCGCGGUGCUGGAGGACGGGGCGUUGGCUCACAACCUGCAGGAACAAGAAAUUGAACAGUAUUACGCCUCCAACGUCCAGAAGAACCAGCUGGUGCAGAGAGACGUCCGCAUUGCCAAGAGACUGCAGGACGAAGAGGACCAGCGGCGACGGCUAACCGACUGCAGGAGACAGAUGAACAUCUCUUCCCGCGCCUCUCGUUGCAGUGAGGAGCAGGACUCGGAGUACGCGCAGACGAUUCAGGAAGACAUUCGGAGGCGCGCAGAGGAGGCUCGGAGGAGGGAGGAGCAGGACGAGGAAAUUGCCAAGAAGUUACAGGAAGAGGAGGAGCUGGAGAUUCGCAGGCGGAGACUUGACAGCGGUUGCCAAGGAAACCAGACCGGCCUUCUUAGCAACAGAGAAUGCGGCAGGCUGCAAACCCACCAGCGGCACCAGCCUUCUCCUGUAGACUGGAGGCACAGCGAGGGAGGCUCAGCCAGCAGGGGGCGCCACCUUCCACCCAGCGCUACCGCGAACCGGCAGAGGACCGCGCAGUUAGAGCCAGCCGACAACAGCGGCGUACCCAGGGACUGUUCUGUGCGCCAGGGAAGCAGCGCUCUGCAGUACGUUAAAAAUAACCUCGACGCCGCCCCCUGUGGUCCUGCCGUGGUUUUACCGGAGGAGGACUGCAGCAGAUCCCCGCGCGCUGGAAGAGUCCAUCGCGGUGGAGAUUUCAGGGAAGACGAGGGCUGGGUCCGCAGCGGUCGCCGUGGUGACUUCCAGGAAGUGGAUUUCAGGGAUGAGCGGGGUUACAGGGAAAGAGUAGGCUGGGUAAGCAGAGAGCUCAGGGAAGGAGAGGGAGGAGCUACUGGUUACCAUAGAGAUUUUAGAGAAAGGGAGGGAGGGACCACCAGCAGCAGCAGCCAUAGAGAUUUCAGAGAAAGGGAGGGAGGAGCCAGCAGCAGCAGUAACCAUAGAGAUUUCAGAGAAAGGGAGGGAGGAGCCAGCAGCAGUAACCAUAGAGAUUUCAGAGAAAGGGAGGGAGGAGCCAGCAGCAGUAACCAUAGAGAUUUCAGAGAAAGGGAGGUAGGAGUCAGCAGCAGUAACCAUAGAGAUUUCAGAGAAAAGGAGGGAGGAGCCAGCAGCAGCAGCAAUAACCAUGCAGAUCACAGGAGAAGAGAGGGUGGGGUUAUGGAGAAUGGGGGAGGGGCUUGUACCAGUCAUCGCGGGGAUGUAAGGGUAGGCGGGGAUAACGUGAGUAGCUGCAGUCGCCACGGCGAUCGCAGGGAGAGGCGGAGGCAGAGCGAGCACAGGCGGAGUGAGAAGUUCUCUCCCUCCAGCUCUGAGGAAGAGGAGGAGGGAGGGAACGAGAGGAGGAGGAGGAGGACGAGGGAGCACAGGCCCCACAGACAGCACAGCCUCCCCGCCACACCGCUCUCCCCAGCAGCACGGGACUGGAGGAAGACCGCAGAGGGAGGGUCCUGUGCUGGAGCGGCACCCCCUGCUGGUCUGCAUGCUGAGGUGGCUCAGAUGGGUUUGCAGGACCGGGAGCAGGUUCUGAGGGAUGCGGAGCUGGCGAGGAGGCUGCAGGAGGAGGAAGAGGAGGAGGAGAGGCUGCUGAGGAAGGGACAGCGGCCCGGGAACGACAUCUCACCCCCGAGCCCGGCGUCGACAGGCAGGCUGCGGGACCAGGCUGAGGAGGAGGAGGACUUUCGAGCUGCCCAGGUGGCACAAGAUGAGGAGAUCGCGCGCUUCAUGCAGCGGCAGGAGAUGAAGGCGUCACGUGAUCUGGAGGGUCAGGGGUCACGGAUGGAGCAUAGCGACCUCACAGACUCUUCAGAGAGGAGGAGGAGCCAGAACAGGAAGGCUGAGGCUCCCCCUGGUCAGCACGAGCGGCUGGAUUCGGAGGGUCUGCCGUCACCGAGAGAGGAGGGGUCCCCAGAUCGAAGAGCAUCUUCCGUGCACAGGCAGCAGCAGCACCUCCUCCCCAGGAACAUCGCUGAGGAGCUAGACCCGACUUUCAGGGUGAAACGGCAGGAGGACGCAGCGGAGGAGCCGGCUCUCCCGACGCCUGCGGCCGCUCGAUCUCCCCCCGGCCCCCCCUGCCGUUUCCACGACUACACAGACGAGCGAGCCGAGCCCACCUUCAUCCCCCCCACCAAGCGCCAGAGCGACAAGAUUAGCCGCCCGAAAACCAAAGACAGGAAGGAGGGCUGCAAACAGCAGUGACCCCCUCCCCUCCCCCCUCUCCAUCUCUCUCGCUCUCCAUCUCUCCCCCAGUCUCUGUCUCUCUCUUUCUCAUUCUCUCAACCUCUUUUCUCUGUCUCUCUCUCUCUCACAUUCCCUCCAGCACUCCUACCAUUCUCUCAUUAUUCCCAGCGUGGUUCACUUCAUGACAAUGCAGAGGUCACAGACCUGGCUCCUAUCGUACAGCACAAGCGAUUCCUGCCUUCACUGGGCAGCGUGUGUUACACUGACGAGUCCCGGGCCAGGCCAGGGUGUGACCCAUGCAAAACUGAACUGCGCGCAUGAAUUGAUAAUGAGCUCUGUGUGCGUGUGUGUGUGUGACCCAUGCAGAACUGAACUGUGCUGUUGAAUUGAUAAUGAGCUCUCAGUGUGUGUGUGUGUGUGUGUGUGUGUGUGUGUGUGUGUGUGUGUGUGUGUGUGUGUGUGUGUGUGUGUGUGUGUGUGUGUGUGUGUGUCCCGGGCCAGGCCACACACAGUAUACAUUUUAUAUAUGACACAGUCUGCCUAGCAUAUCAGAAGAGUGUUUAAACUUCACAGUGUUGCCAGUAUAGAUACACUGAUCUGUAUGUACACAAGUAUAUCAUUACCUAUUCCCUGCACCAGGGCAGAGUAGAGCUGGGGCUAAGCAGUAUUGCAUCUAGAUUAGAUUUGUUUUAGCCCAAUGCAGGGUUACAAUGUAUUUUUUAAAAUUUACGAUUUGGAGGACCCUGGUUGGUUAAUUCCUUGCUUUGGUGCAUUUUGUUUUGUUUUAGAACUCUGUGUAAAUAAAAGCCUUGAAUAAACGGGGCAGGGGAGUCCUUGGUUCCAGUUUUAGUUUCCCAGUUGGAAUUAAAGCGAUUCCCUGAAUCUUACCUGUUCUGCACCUCCGUUAGCUACAUAGGCCAGCAAGGAAGUGCGACGCUAUCUGAAAGAGUGAUUUGCAAACAGAUUUCUUCAACUUACUGCAGUACCAGAGGACGUGUUUUUAAAAUUAAAAAAUAUGUGUUUCUUUCAAAAGCCACACAUUUGAGCCCUGGAGAACAGGCAGAAUUGCAUGACCGGUAAGAUUAACCCUCUGCUCUGCCUUUAGAUAACCCAGCAGCAGCAUUAUGACACACAUUUUAUUUUUGAAAUUUGUAUCACUGUAUUAUUCUGUAUCAAAAUAAACAGUGUUGUAACGAGAA